GUGGUCUUUAGACUAAACAGCAACGCGCAGGUUGCCGACAAGAGAUCACCAAGCAAGACACCUGUAACUUUAGUAUUCAACAUCAAACUGCUACCAUCUUGAAACCAGAGUGCAGAUCUCGCCGUGAACACGCGGGGCCUCGCAAACCAAAUCCCCGGCCCGUCAAAAUGACGACGCUACCGAGGAUUGCACCGAGGGAGACACCGGUCUCGGCGCCUCCAAUAAGGGAACCGAAACAGAGAAAUUUAAGCGCUACGGCGACGUCAUUGCCCGCCCCGGCAGUCAGCAUAAGCAUGAACGGGAAACCGGUACCGGCUACGGUGUGGGCUCGUGUCACACAUACAGCCGUUUCUAACUUGAGACCACAUCAGUUCCCUAGGCUAAAUCCUCUGAACCCGAGGCCCUAUAGACGGACGGUGAGUUUGGAGACCACAGAGGCUCAUCACCUGUUAUCUCAGAGGGUGAUGGCGAUGAAACAAAGAGAACAUUACAGGUUUCAUAGCGGUUGGCAAAAACCUUUUUACGGAUCUCCUGCAGACAAAGAAGCUUACAGGCGUGAUAUACGCUCAAAGCUGAAGGAACAAAUGACAGAUAAACUGGGUUUUCAAAAGCAGAUACUGAAAGACAAAGUUCAUGAAAGCGAAGUAGCUGUGGAUUAUGACAGGAAGUGUCUUGAAGAUGACCAUGAAGACGUCGUCAAGAAAGCCAUCUAUUUAAAACAGUUUAGAGACGAAAAUAAAAAGCUCAUGGAGUGGAAAGAAGAGCAGGACCGCCUCAAUAGAGUUCUACAAAAUAAAUACGAACGUGAACUGGUUCGGUACAACCCAAUAAAUUGGAGCCAUACGUUGACCUAACCAUGCUAGAUUUAGUUACUAUUUGAGGUGCUUGCAAUUUGUACAAACUUUAGUCAUUAAAUUACAAGCCUGCUUUUAUUUUUUUAAA